AUGGGGAACAAACCGGAGCAGAUUCAACAAUCGGAUAGCAGGUUGAAGGCCGCCGCUGACAUCUCGGAGCGGGCGGGAGAGGAUGUCACAUUAGGCAAAGUGUACCACCACCGAUACCAACACUACCACCGCCGCUACCUCCGCUACCAACGUUACCAAGACAACCACCUCCGCUACCAACAUUACCACCACCGAUACCAACACUACCACCGCCGCUACCUCCGCUACCAACGUUACCAAGACAACCACCUACGCUACCAACAUUACCACCACCGCUACCAACACUACCACCGCCGCUACUUCCGCUACCAACACCACCACUGCCGCUACCAACACUACCAUAGCCUCGUGGGGAUCACGCCUACACGAGAAACUGUCACAGCUAGUCUUCCAGCAUUACACAACCACCAAAGGACUAUUACAACUAUUACAACAAGAACUAUUAGUAACCACCGGAACGACCAUCUAUAA